AUGGCGAGAGAUGAUGCGGAACAACCGGCGAUGGUAAUCGGCCGGACGGCUCACAUCAUGGAGUUCCCCUCCUCCCCUGUCUGCGCUCCCGAUCGUCGCCUCCACUUCGAGGCGGCCGCGUCUCGCCAUCGCGUCGACGGCGCAGGUCCCUCCCGCCGCUCUCGCGUCGCUCUUCGUGGGGAUCUCUCUGGCUCCAUUGCUCGUCGGACCGGUCACGUUCGUGAUCGGGCCCGUUUUGAUGCCCUUGGGUCGCCCUUCUGGUUUCCUUCCUUUUACGUGGUGGGAAUGGUGUUGGCUCGGGCGACCCGUAAUCCAAUGGAUUCUCUAGAGCAAGAAAGGGUUGCACUCUUAACGCUUAAUGCCACAUUGGACCUGACAUAUAGGGCGAACGCCGGGGGAUCAUACUUCAAUUGUUGCAGCUGGGAAGGUGUUGAGUGCAAUCCCACCACAGGACGAGUCACUCAUCUAAUGCUCUCCGAUUCGAGAUAUUACCGUUUCGGCUUCAAAACUUGGUACCUAAACGCUUCUCUACUUCUUCCCUUUGAAGAACUCAAGAGCCUUGACUUGUCCAGCAACUAUUUAGGAGGGUGGAUUGCACCAGAAGAACCAAACCUACUAUCUUCAAGGCUGAGCAAACUAGAGGUGCUUGAUUUGAGUGGCAACUCUUUGGAUAAGUCUAUUUUAUCCAUUCUCGAUACAAUUCCAUCUCUCCGACAUCUGUUCCUCAAUGGCAGUAAUUUGAGCGGGACUUUACACGUGAAUGGUGGUUUUAGUAAUUUGAUGGAGCUGGACAUAAGUGAUAAUGCUAUCGAUGCAGUGGCUACUGUUGAAGGUAAUCUCAGUAAUUUAAAGGAGCUGGACAUAAGUUAUAAUGCAGUUGAUGCAAUGGCUAGUGUUGAAGGCAUCAAAAACUUGAGUCACUUAGAGAACCUCCACCUAGAUGGUGCCCACUUGAAGCAUGUGGGGACCGUCGUGCGAGCACUAGGGGCACUGUCAUCUCUGAGGAUCCUUUCUCUCCAGUAUAAUACAGUAGAAGGAACACUUACUACUCAAGGCUUGUGUAACCUUGUAAAACUAGAAGAGUUGGAUCUUAGCUUUAACGGAAUUACUGGCGGGCUUCCUACAUGUUGGCGAAACAUGUCCUCUAUUCGGAUUCUGAAUCUUGAAGACAAUGAAUUUACAGAUAGUAACGUGUCAUCUCCCCUCACUAGUCUUACAUCUCUCGAAUUUCUUUCCAUUUCGGGUAAGCAUUUUGAUAUCACCUCAUCACUUGGCCCACUUGCAAACCAUUCAAGACUUAAGGUGCUAAUUCUUGAUGACACCAAACUAACAAUUGAUACCAAAGUUGCAUCUUUGAUCCCAAGGUUCCAGUUGAAGGUUUUAAGUAUGUCAAAUAGUCCAUCAAGAGGAUUCGAAUUGACUUCUUUGGGCUUUCUCAAGCAUCAAUAUGACCUGAGAAUUUUGGAUCUCUCCUCGAAUGACAUUCCAGGUCCCUUUCCAGCUUGGUUGUUGGAAAACAACACCAAGUUGGAAGAGCUUUUUAUGGCAAAUAACUUAUUUAUGACAUUUAAGGUUCCAUCAAUGACCCUUUUUAAUCUUUCGACCAUGGACAUAUCCAACAACAACAUGAGAGGAGAGCUCACUACCGAAUUUUGCGCAAAUGUCCCAAAUCUGUACCACCUUAAUCUAUCAGCCAACAGAUUGGAAGGGAAUAUUCCAUCUGAAUUGGGUAGUGUAAAAUUCCUAGAUGUCUUAGACCUGUCUAGCAACAAUUUCUCAGGGGGACUACCUAUCCAGUUACUAGAUAGUCCAUUUCUUUACCUCAACGUAGCAUAUAACAAAUUGCAAGGAGAAAUUGGACUUUCCAACCACACCAUGAACCCAAUGUCGUCAUUUCUGCGGUUAGACCACAACUUGUUCACUGGAAGUCUCUCUUUUCUUUCAUCACCCUUUGAUUUGCGAGUAUUGGAUGUUAGCAACAACAUUUUCAUCGGCAAGCUUCCCAGAUUGAUUGCAAACAUGUCAUCGCUUGUGGCCCUUGACUUGUCCAAAAAUCAUUUGGAUGGCCUCAUCCCUCAAGAACUCUGCAAUCUUGGUGGGCUUGAGUAUUUGGAUUUGUCUCACAACAAUUUCUCUGGUCCAUUACCAUCAUUUUUUAUCUCACAGAGGGUGCAUCACAUCCAUCUGAAUGGGAACAAAUUGAAUGGUACACUCGUGCAUGCGCUCUCUAACAGCUCCCUUUUGGUGACCUUGGAUCUGAGUGAAAAUGAGUUCUCCGGAAGCAUACCCUAUUGGCUAGGUAACCUCUCUCAAUUGAGCAUUCUUUCACUGAAAGGUAAUAGCUUCUAUGGAACAUUUCCCGAGCAAUUGUGCAAAUUGAAAAGCUUAAGCAUGAUCGAUCUUUCUGAAAACAAUUUGUUUGGUCCAUUACCUAAUUGCUUGGGACCCAUGAAUUUAUCCGAAGAUUACACCAAUAAGGUAACUUCAACAUCGAACAUGGGAGAUCUAUAUACAGGAUGGUCACCUUGGUCUUAUGUGAGGACAAUUAAAAGCCAUACUGAGCUUUUCUAUAAAGAAAUUAUAGUAGAAUUUGAAGCUCCACAUACUGUUGGGUUCACAACAAAAAGAAGGUUUGAUUCUUAUAAAGGCUACACACUUCUUAAAAUGGUGGGACUAGUUCUUUCUUGCAACCAAUUCAGUGGCGAGAUCCCAUCGGAGAUAGCAAUCUUACAAGAAAUGCUUGUGCUGAACCUAUCACAUAACAAGCUUACCGGACGUAUACCAAUGUCAUUGUCACGCCUCACAAAGAUAGAGAGCAUUGACCUUUCCUACAACAACUUGAUUGGUUCUAUCCCUGAAGAGCUUACUCAGUUAAAUUCCUUGGAAGUCUUCAAUGUGUCUUACAACAACUUGUCAGGAGCCAUACCAAACAAAAAUCAAUAUGGGGCAUUCGAUGAAAGCAGUUACUAUGGAAACCAUCUUCUGUGUGGACUGCCAUUGAGUAAGAAGUGCUCGACAACCAUUGACGUUAAUUGCUCAACAACAAAAUCAUGCGCGACAACUAAAGAAGAUGGUUUCAUAGACAAAGAGACAUUCUAUAUCAGCUUCGGAGUGUCAUACAUGAUGGUUGGACUGGUAAUUCCGGUUGUUCUGUUCAUCAACCCCCAAUGGCGACAUGGAUGGUUUCACUAUGUGGAAUUGGUUAUCACCACAUGUCAGAGCUUGUUCAUCACAUGCUACUAUUUUGUGCAAGAUGGUUUUCGAAAAUUGUCUAGAGGCCAAACAUUUUAG